GACUAUCACUGCUGAUUCUCCCUUGGGACUCAGAGGAGCCCCUGUCUUCCCACUGAAAUAUCCAUCACUCCACAUUGGCACUUGAAUCUACCAUAGAUACAAGUCUCCGAUCCCAAACUGGACAAGGGAAUAUUUCUGGCUGGCUCUUGCAGGGUCAACUGGACUUAAAAAAAAAGAAGAAAGAAAAAGACUAAAGCCCCCCAAAGCCUCUCCUGAGCUCCAUGGCUGGUGCUCACAUUAGCAUAGGCAAUGUCCCCUGACAUCCGGGCAGCAGGCAGGAGCAUCUGUGCCGGAGGGCUUGGGGGUGUCGGUGGAGGAGGGCGGGAGGAAAUCUGGAACCCAUAAGCUCCACUGAUGUUUGCGUUACCUUGCACGGCUGCAUUGGUCUGUGCCUGGUCCGCCCACAGUCCUCCUCACCCUAUCAGCAAGAGCCAUUCCCCAAAGUUAUUCGAACGCCUUCCUCUCCGUAGCCCAAAGGAAAAACCAACCGAGCUCCUUGGAGGGCUCCGCCAGGCUUGGGAAGCUUGGGGAGGCUGAAGGGUGGAUGCUCCAGGCUGCACCUCUUGAGUGGGCUCUGGCUGCUCUCCAGGCCGCCUUGCCCAUGCGCCGCGGCCGUCGCAGCUCGUGAGAGCCCGGAGCCCCUCGCCCUCAAGGUGCCGAGAAAAUGAAAGAGGAAAGCAUGUGCCCGGACUCCCCCGAAGGCAGCCUGGUCACCAGCGAGGAGGAAGGCGAGCGGCUGCACAAGAAAUGCCUCCGCAAGCGCGGCCAGGGGGGCAAGGCGGCGGAGGACUGCGGUGCCCCCUCGCCGCAGGGCAAGCGGAGCAAGCGCAGCCCGGUCCCGCAGUCCUUCGAGGACGUGCACACGCAGCGCGUGAUCGCCAACGUGCGGGAGCGCCAGCGGACCCAGUCGCUCAACGAUGCCUUCGCGGAGCUGCGGAAGAUCAUCCCGACGCUGCCCUCCGACAAGCUGAGCAAGAUCCAAACCCUCAAGCUGGCCGCCCGCUACAUAGACUUCUUGUACCAGGUCCUGCAGAGCGAUGAGCUGGACCACAAGAUCACCAGCUGCAACUACCUGGCCCACGAAAGGCUCAGCUACGCCUUCUCCGUCUGGAGGAUGGAAGGGGCUUGGUCCAUGUCCGCCUCCCACUGAGCCGGGGUCUUAACGCCUCCGCCUCCACGGAAAGGAGCAGCAGCAGCUCGCCAGCGCCCGGGCACCCAGACCCAGCCGCCCCGCCCUCCUCCAGCACCCCAAAACCGGCAGCGGCCUCCCUGGCGAGCAGGAGAGCACAAGCCCUGUCCCACCCCACCAGCCCCCUUGCCCGGGGCUGCUCUGACCACCUCCAAACCCCAGGGCUGGGACAGAUGGACUCAAACCAGGACCCAGGUGGUUUUUGCUUGGACCGAACUUGGUUGGAUGCUGUGUAUGAAACUCUUCAGGGCGUAAUUUAUUUUUGACUCGCAGGUAAGAAAUGGUCAAGUGAUCUACUCUGGUAGAGCAUCCCGAGCCUGCAGGGAAGCCAAUGGACCUGGCAGGACGAUUCCUCUCGGGAUGAUGGGGAGAGCUCCAGCCGUCCCUCACUGGCCUGGUCCUUGCUGCUUCCUUCCCCCCCCCACCCCGGGGAUGUGGAAACGCAGUGACCGAGGGUUUGGGCAUGGACGGAGCCCGGAGCCCAACACGGCUCAUGGGUUUUAUCCUGCUCUGAAGGUCUUGCACCACCACAACACUGCAGGUUGAAGGGCUGCCUGGCACGCAGAGUGGAUUUUGGGGGGGGGGGUGCUGAACCCCUCAAGGAACCCCGAGGCUCACGACGCCCUCCGCUCACUCAUAGUCCAUGGAUGUGUCCCAAAAUCACCCCCACUCUGUUGGAAUUUCUUUGAAAUGGUUGGAAAAUAAGGCUGGAGAAGUCGCUCACAGCCCUUCCC